AUGGCUAGCAAGGAGAGUUUUGUAGUGCCUAAGACGAGCUAUGAUGAGUUUGUGAAUUCUAUACUACAGAAACUUGGUCUGCAAGGCGUGAAACGGGUCCUGUUUCAUUGUCGUCGGCAGUUUCCCGAGGUUAGGACACCUGAGCUGUUGGCGAAGUUGGUUGAUGUGGUAUCUAGCUCGAGGGGUUCGAACCGAAAUACCCACACUAUAGGCACGAUAGCCGGUUCUAGCUCCAGACCUGUUGGUGCAUCUUCGUUCGUCCUUGUGAAUGAACCUCCGGUCGAGCAUGUCGCCUCCCCGUCGUUCGCUGUUGAUCUCAACUAUAGUGGAGGUGGAGAGGUUGGAAUAGUGGAUGUUGUGCCGACUUCUUUACAGUGUGCUGCACCGGCUGGUCUGGACGAUGGAUUGCUGGAUGAUGUUGACGAUGAUGAUGUGGAGCCGGAUAUCAUUGCGGAUGACAGUGGCGAUGAUAUUGGAGCGAGUGAUCCAGAGGGGGUUUCAGGGGAGCCUACUGGAUUUGGUGCUAGAGAUGACCAGGGGUCUGCAGGUCUCACAGAGUUUCAGGUUGGUCAGCAGUUUCAGGAUAAAGAUGAGGCUGUGUUAAGUGUGAAGAUGUAUAGCAUCCAACGCGGGGUACAGUACAAAGUGGUGGAGUCUGACUAUCGCCGGCUAAGUCUCCGGCAGCGCAAGGGUAUUUGGGAGGUAAAAUGGUACAACGAACCACAAACGUGUUUCGCGAUGUCCAUCUCUAGCGAUCACAGGAGUCUGGAUUAUCAUGUGCUCUCGGAAUUCAUCAUGCCAAUGGUUAGAGCUUAUGCAUCCGUCAGUAUUAAGGUGCUCCUGAAUGCGACGGCGGCACACUUUGGGUUCAGUUCGAGUGGAAUAAGCAUGACUCUCGAAUCCCAAGGUACAUCUCAAGUGACAGAAAUCUCUUACCAUGCUGAUCCCACCAAUCCAAGAAGUCAUUUGAAGGACCUGGGUCUGCCACAACAUCAAACCGGAUGCGAACUUUGA